AUGAAGUUGACACCAGUGGCUGCUUUGUGCGCCGCCGUCAUUGGCGUCACAGGCCAACAGCAAGUACUUGGCCAGCGACCAGACCCUCCGAACAUAGUUUUGAUCUUGACCGAUGAUCAAGAUGUUCGUCUGUCAUCUCUCGACUACAUGCCGCUGGUGAAGAAACACUUGGUUGACAAAGGUACUUAUUAUGAUAAGCAUUAUUGCACAACAGCCGUGUGCUGUCCCGCCAGAGUCACUUUGAUGACAGGCAAAGCUGCCCACAACACAAAUAUCACAGACGUCAACCCGCCCUACGGUGGCUACCCCAAGUUCGUCAGACAAGGCUUCAACUCGGCAUAUCUUCCUGUGUGGCUACAAGAGGCUGGAUACAAUGUUUACUACACUGGCAAAUUGUUCAAUGCUCACAAUGUGGACAACUACAAUUCACCUUACCCAGCCGGUUUCACAACCCACGAUUUCUUACUGGACCCGUUUACCUACAACUACAUGAAUAGCUCCUUCCAACGGAAUCAAGAUCAACCUCAGAGUUAUGAAGGCGAAUAUGUCACAGAUGUGCUAGCUCAAAAGGCAUACGGUCUCCUCGAUGAAGCUGUGGAUGCAAAACAACCUUUCUUCCUCAUGAUCGCGCCAAGUGCUCCUCAUGCCGACAUACAAAAUAACAGCGGCUCACUCACCUUUGACGCGCCCGUAUCAGCACCCAGACACGCAAAUAUGUUCCAAGACAUCAAAGUGCCGAGAACGGCGAACUUCAACCCUGACAUCCCCUCGGGAGCAAACUGGAUUCGCUCUCUGGAAAAACAAAAUAGUACCAACGUCAAUUGGAACGACCACUUCCACCGUCAACGCCUUCGUGCCCUCCAAGCGGUCGACGAAAUGGUCGAUGGUUUAUUUUCCCGCCUAGAUUCGCAUAAAUUGCUCCAAAACACAUAUAUCAUCUACAGCAGCGAUAACGGCUUCCACAUCGGCAAUCACCGCAUGCAACCUGGCAAAUCUACUGGUUGCGAAGAGGACAUCAAUGUUCCCUUGAUCAUUCGCGGCCCAAACGUCGCUCAAAAUCAGACCACGCAACUCGUGACCAGCCACACCGACAUUGCAGCUACGAUAUUCUCCCUGCUCGAUAUUCCGUUGCGUGAAGACUUUGACGGCAGUCCCAUUCCCGUGAGCAAAAAAGCAAUCGAAGAAGCAGAAACGAAAAGACGCGAACACGUGCAAGUCGAAUACUGGGGCUUCGCUGGCGGAGAAGGGAUCUACGAUCGCAGAUUACAUCAGAACAACACGUUCAAAGGCAUUAGAGUCGUGGCAGAGGAAUGUAACCUCUACUAUCAGAUUUGGUGUACCAACGAGCACGAACUCUACGACAUGAGUAAUGAUCCAGGGCAGAUGCAUAAUCUGCUUGAAGACGGUGGGAAAUUGUACACGUUGUUCGGGUUCCCAAUCGGCAAGGUGGUACAGAGAUUAGAUGCUCUCCUGAUGGCACAGAAAUCUUGUAAGGGCAAAACUUGCAGAGAACCUUGGAAGUCUUUGCAUCCAGACGGUCGGGUGCAAAACUUGAAGGAUGCAAUGGCUGAGCGUUUCGAUGGGUUCUACGAGGCGCAGAUCAAAGUUCAGUGGGAUUACUGCCACAAUGGCUAUGUUCCUGAAGCCGAAGGCCCGAUGUUUGGAGAUGAGAGAGUAGAGUUUGCUGAUUCCGGAUUAAUGUGGCCGGACUGGGUGUAA